AUGCGAAAGCUUCGCUACCCGCUCGACAAUCUGCUGAAGGCUGAAGUGAAGUUCCAGUGGACCCCGGAGUGCCAGAAAGCGUUCGAGCACUUCAAGAAGAUUCUCUCCUCGGAUCUGCUGCUCACUCACUACGAUCCGAAGCGGGAGAUCAUCGUUUCUGCCGACGCGUCAUCCGUUGGGCUUGGGGCGACCAUCAGCCACAAGUUCCCCGACGGCACCAUCAAGGUCGUGCAGCACGCGUCAAGGGCACUCACGAAGGCAGAGCAGGGCUACAGCCAGCCGGACCGCGAGGGUUUGGCCAUUAUUUUCGCCGUAACGAAGUUUCACAAGAUGCUCUUCGGACGGCACUUCCGGCUGCAAACCGACCACCAGCCUCUGCUCCGGAUCUUCGGCUCCAAGAAGGGAAUACCGGUCUACACGGCAAACCGGUUGCAACGUUUCGCCCUUCAUCUGCUUCUCUACGAUUUCGAGAUCGAGUACGUGCCCACCCACAAGUUCGGCAAUGCGGACCUGCUUUCCCGGUUGAUCAACCAGCACGUCAAACCCGAAGAGGACUACGUCAUCGCGAGCCUCAACCUGGAAGAGGAUCUCAGGUCAGUUGUAACUAAUACAGUUAAAGUGUUGCCUCUCAAUUUCAGAGCCGUCGCGCAAAGCACCCAAGCAGACCCGCUGCUCCGGAAAGUCUACCACCACAUCCAACACGGUUGGCCCGAAUCCAAACUCUCGGGUUCCGACAUCCAACGGUUCCAAGCACGCAAGGAAUCGCUCUCGGUGGUAGAUGGGUGCAUCAUGUUUGCCGAACGGCUCGUCAUCCCGUCGCUGCUCCGCAAGCGAUGCCUCGAACAGCUUCAUCGUGGUCAUCCCGGCAUGCAGCGUAUGAAAGCCCUCGCCCGAAGCUACGUGUACUGGCCCAGCUUGGAUGCCGACAUCGUCAACUUCGUCAAGGCAUGCCAACAGUGUGCGUCCGUAGCCAGAUCGCCUCCUCACUCUCCACCGGUGCCGUGGCCCAAGCCGACCGCUCCCUGGCAGCGCGUCCACGUCGACUACGCCGGCCCGAUCGAAGGCGAGUACUAUUUGAUCGCCGUCGACGCCUUCUCCAAGUGGCCAGAGAUCAUCCAAACGACCCGAAUCACCUCAGCGGUGACGAUUACCAUUCUCCGUGGGUUGUUUGCUCGGCUGGGUAUGCCCGUGACACUAGUCAGCGAUAACGGUACCCAGUUCACGAGCGCCGAGUUCGCCGAUUUCUGCGCCUCCAACGGCAUUGAGCACCUCACGACGGCCCCGUUCCAUCCACAGUCGAAUGGCCAAGCGGAGCGAUUCGUGGACACCUUCAAGCGGGCCGUGAAGAAGAUUCGAGAGGGGAGAGGAUCGAUACAGCAAGCACUGGACAUCUUCUUGCUGACGUACCGAAGCACGCCCAACCGGGCGCUACCUGACCAGAAGUCGCCAUCGGAGGUCAUGUUCGGGCGCAAAAUCCGUACGUGUCUCGAGCUUCUGCGUCCUCCACCGGUACGAACACCAGUGCAACCGUCCGACGACAAGAAACCGAGAUCGUUUUGCCGGAACGACACCGUCUACGCCAAGCUCUACGGCCGAAACGGUUGGAAAUGGGUUCCCGGCACAGUCGUCGAGAAAAUCGGAGACGUUAUGUACAACGUGUGGGUUGAAGAUCACCGAAUGCUGCGCUCCCAUAUCAAUCAGCUCCGGAGUCGCCAAGCUGCUGGCACGACACCGAAGCAACCCGUCAGGCAGGCCGCCUCCAGCCAGCAUUCGUUGCCGCUCGACAUCCUGUUGGGUGCCUGGAAUCUCCCAAGCCGACUAUCAGGCACGCCGACACCGUCGCUUGUCCCGAGCGCCUCUGCAUCGUCACCUACGUUGGGACCAGUCUCCAGUCCAGAGCCUACCCUGCUAGGUUCUCCGCCGGCCCGUGCGUCGUCUACGCCACGGCACGAGGCCCCGGCGACUCCGUCCAUGUCAUCGUCAGGUACAACGUCAACAUCUACCGAAUUCGAAUCCGCUGUCGAAGUUGAACCGGUGGUAGAUCUCCCUAGGCGUUCUUCACGGACUCGAAGACCGCCAGUUAGGUUCGACCCCUACCACCUCUAUUAAGAGGGGAGAUGUUGAGGACAACCCUAUCGCGCCGUACCAACCGGUACUGCGCACGCCGCUGGGCUCGCACUCGGCAGCAUAGCUGUCACUGUGUGAUGCUGGAGAUGCGCAUCAAUGAAUGCUUUUAAUGUGGUUGUCGUUGUAUUGUUUGUACAUAGUUUGUAUCAGUUUGUUUACGUCCCGCAAUGUAAUUCGUUUUGCACCUUUAACGUGUCGUAUUAAAUAAGUUGUUUUAAUCGUUAUCGUGCGUGUUUUAAUCCCCAAUGUAGGGACAAUCCGAAAGUGAUAAUCGGGGGAUUUCC